AUGGCUGUGCUAGGCUUGGAAGCUCUUGGUUGGGCCUUGGCUAAGCUUACGGUGGCUUGGACUAAGACCGCCUACGGUGGGGUCGGUGAGUGCAGUAAGGUUAUUCGCGAGCCUUGGCUGCCCCUUCACAAGGCAGCCCCAUUCCUGGCUGGCGAGAUUGAAAUUUGUGGACAGGGAAAUUUACCCUGCAAAGACAAACGAGAAUGUGACGGGUGA